AUGCUGUCGCUUCGACUGAUUCUUAUAGGCCUCGUCGUGGGUCUCCUUCCUGUGGCUGUCACCGCCGCACCCGAACCUCUUGCGCCCAAAAAUCAGACCAUCCAAUACAAUAACCCACUCAUAUACUAUCACGGAAGGUGGGAUGCCUCUCAAGGUACUUGGUGGCCGGGCUCUGGAUUCAAAGUCAACGUGUUGAAUCUCAAGUCGUUGACCCUCAACCUGGGUCCACUUACCCCAUACCCCUAUGCCAGCAUAGGGGUAUCUGUGGGUGACACCGACUUCAUUCCUGUGAAUGCCUCGGCAGGGGCAAAUACGAUAACGAUACCCCCCGCAGUGUUGAAACAACCGCUAUCGCGCCCCACUACUGUCAGAAUAAACGCUGCGGGAUGGGAGACGUAUCGUCUACAGUUUGAUAGCAUCACAAUAAACUCUGAUGCCUUGGUUGUUCCAUAUAUCCCAUCGAAAACCGUCUUUGAGUUUAUUGGUGAUUCAUUCACGUCUGGAUACCUUAUGCCAAAUGGUGCAGAUCAGUCGUGGGCCUUCCUCGUCGGAGAGAAAUACAAAGCCGAGCAUCGAAUAAUUGCGCAGGCCGGAGCUGCUCUAACGGACAUAUAUUCCUACGGAAAUGUACACGGAAUGUCGUUCCAAUUCUUUAAGACUGAGGAUACGAGCUAUUACUAUACCACGGAUCACAACUACACAACCGACUGGAAUUUUGCCCGAGACCAUCCAAAACCUUCUCACGUCGUCAUUCACAUAGGUGCUAACGACAACGCCCAAGGGAUUACCAACGACCAGUUUGUUCAGGUAUACAACGACUUUUUAGUCAAGAUCCGCGCGCUUUAUUCGUCUCAGCCGCUCUUCCUCUUCACUCCGUGGGGUUGGCCAACCUCUGACGGCAAUGUCUACUACUAUUACGAUGGCCAGUAUCAGAGAGUUCUUGAUGCUAGGAACGCCCUAGGCGACAACAAUGUCUUUUUGGUAAACACUACUGGAUGGAUCACCUGGGAAGAUGUUUUCCCAGACAGCCUUCAUCCUACGCCAGCUGGACAGGCCAAGGUGGCCAACAACUUCAUAUCGUGGCUGGAGAAUUGGGGUUUUUCGCCCAAUUAA